UUCAUUCCCAUCCCCCCCACCCAGCUGAUCCCUUCCUUCCCUCCGCAGGCCCCGGGAUCGCUCUUCCUGCAGAAUUCCCAGGAUUUCCUCGCCAUGACUCUGGCCGCCUACAAGGAGAAGAUGAAGGAGCUGCCGCUCGUCUCACUCUUCUGCUCCUGCUUCCUGUCGGAUCCCCUCAACAAGCCCAGCUACGCCUACGAAGACACGGUGGACCUGACCUGGUGCGUCAUCUCCGACAUGGAGGUGAUCGAGCUCAACAAACGCACCUCGGGCCAAUCCUUCGAGGUCAUCCUCAAACCCCCCUCCUUCGACGGAAUUCCCGAAUUCAACGCCUCCCUCCCCCGCCGCCGCGACCCUUCCCUGGAGGAGAUCCAGAAAAAGCUGGAAGCGGCCGAGGAGAGGAGAAAGUACCAGGAGGCGGAGCUGCUGAAGCACCUGGCGGAAAAGCGGGAACACGAGCGGGAGGUGAUCCAGAAGGCCAUCGAGGAGAACAACAACUUCAUCAAGACGGCCAAGGAGAAGCUGGCGCACAAGAUGGAAUCCAACAAGGAGAACCGCGAGGCGCACCUGGCCGCCAUGCUGGAGCGCCUCCAGGAGAAGGUCUGUUCCCAACCUCCGCACGGAAAAUCCCACCACCCUCCUCACCACCUCCAGCUCCCUCCAAAACAUCCGGAGCCCGCCCGGUGCCCUUCUCCGAGCGCCUCCGUUGGGGCAGAGGCGGAGAGCGCCAGAUAAUGCCGGAAAAUCCCAGCUAAUCCCAGCUCCAGGGGGCUUCCCGGGACGUCUCCCUCGUAGCCGAGAGGGCGAGGACAAAGUGUCCCCAAGUGCCACCAGCAGCCCUUAAAGCCACCCCAGGGGAGGAGAGGACGGCGCCGAGCCGCCGCCGGCGUCCCUCGCCAUCAACCUCGUGCCUUCAACCCCCUCCGGAGCCACUGGGCCGUGGGGAUGCCGGAAUCCUGGAAUCCUGGAAUAACGCCUGUUCCCCCUCCUCCUCCUCCUCCUCCUCCUUCCCCCUUUCUCCUUCCCUUCCUCCUUCCCGAUC